UUGGUUACCAAUGCAGUACAAAUUAACUAAAGAAGUAAAGUACUUCCUUGAUUGAAGAUAUGGCGAUGAAACUAGUUCAUGAAGAAUAUCUCAAACUAAGUGGUAGAACUAGCAUCAUCAAUCUUAUUGUAUUGUUGGUAUUUCAUUUGAAUGUUAUUUUAAUAGAUAAUGGAUCAUCAGCUUCUGUAAUGAUCAGUAGUACUCAGACCACAACAAGACGGAGGAUUAUUGAUCAUGAGUUUAAAGUAGGAGUUGUUCUUGACUUGAAGUUACCAAUCACAAAGGUGUGGUUGACAUCCAUGAACAUGGCUCUCUCGGAUUUCUAUUCAUAUACUAAAACUUCCCGCAAGAGAAGGUUGGUUCUUCAUGUUGCCGACUCUAAUGCUGAUAUCCUGGACGCAUCAUUUGCAGCUAUAAAUCUGAUACAAAAUGAUGAAGUCCAAGCUAUAAUUGGGCCGAUGACAUCAGCAGAAGCAAUUUACAUGCUGCAUCUCGGCAAAAAAACACAGAUUCCAAUUAUUUCUUUCACUGCAACAAGUCCUUCUAUUUCCCCGUCUCGGAACCCUUAUUUCAUUCGCACAACACAUCAAGACUCGUCUCAAGUAGACGCCAUUGCUUCCGUUGUCAAAACCUUUAAAUGGAGAGAAGUUGUACCUAUCUAUGAAGAUACGGAGUAUGGAAAUGGAGUUAUACCUUAUUUGAUCGACGCGUUCCACAGCAUCAGUACACGAGUUCCAUAUAGGAGUGUACUACCUGAAUCAGCUAACGACGACCGAAUUCUUCAAGAACUCUACAAACUGAUGACAAUGCAAACUAGAGUAUUCAUUCUACAUAUGACCACGCCUCUUGGAGUCCGAAUUUUUGAGAAAGCGAAGAGCAUUGGAAUGAUGAGUAAAGGGUAUGUAUGGAUUGUCACAGAUGGCUUAGGCGAUUAUUUGAGUUCAUUCAAUUCCUCAGUUCUUGCUAAAAUGCAAGGAGUGAUAGGUAUAAGGCGUUAUGUCCACAAAUCCUCAAAACUUAGUUCAUUUAAGUCUAGAUGGAAAAAGAAGUUCCGGAAGGAUAACCCAGAUAUUAAAAAAAGUUUGGAUAUUUAUGGUAUAUUGGCAUAUGAUACAAUCUGGUUGUUGGCAAAUGCUAUAGAGAAAUUUGAAGCACUUGAUUCUCGAUUUGUAAAACAAAAUGUUGGUGAAAAUUCUUCUAGCCAUGUUGCAAGACUGGGUAUCUCGCAAAUAGGUCCCAAGCUUUUGCACGAAAUUUCUAAUAUCAAAUUUGAAGGUCUAAGCGGAGACUUUGGUCUCGUUGAUAGGCAAUUGCAUGUACAUACCUUCCAUAUACUUAACGUGUUUGGAAAUGGUGUAAGAGAAAUAGGAAUCUGGACACCUUCAGAUGGAAUUAUAAAGGAUAUAAGUUUAAGUGGUACAAGGGAAGAUCAGUAUCUACUACCGGCGCAUGAUAACUUACAUCGGAUUAUAUGGCCCGGAAAUACUACAGCCAUUCCUAAAGGUUGGAUCAAUCCUACAGGUGAGAAAAAGUUGAGAAUAGGAAUUCCGGUAAGAUCCAGUUAUACUGAAUUUGUGAAGGUAACAAGAAAUCCUAGUUCCAACGACUCAGCUGACGUCACUGGAUAUUGCAUAGACGUUUUUAAUGCUGCAAUUGGGAUGUUACCAUAUGCUGUCACUUACGAAUUCAUUCCUUUUCAAAAUGCCAACCAUACUGCUGCUGGAACUUACAACGAUCUUAUAUAUCAAGUCUAUCUCCAGAAUUUCGAUGCUGUAGUUGGCGAUGUCACAAUCACAGCCAAUCGGUUACAGUAUGUAGAUUUUACACUACCUUAUGUAGAAGCUGGGGCAUCAAUGAUCGUAUUGACAAGGAAGGAUUUGAACAAAGAAACCUUGAUAUUUUUCCUUCCAUUAGAGUGGAGACUUUGGAUGACAAUUGUUGCUUUCUUUGUUUAUAUUGGCUCCGUGAUUUGGAUUCUCGAGCAUAGAGGAAAUCGUGAGUUCAGAGGAGGGCCUCAUCCUUUAUAUCAAAUGGGCACAAUGCUUUCCUUCUCAUUUUCUAUGCUUGUCUUCGCACACAAAGAAAAGGUGUUGAGCAGUCCGGGUAGAUUUGUAAUGAUUUUAUGGAUCUUGGCUGUAUUCAUUCUCACUGCAAGUUACACGGCGAGUUAUUCAGCCAUGUUAAUGGCUAAUAGAUUUCAACCAACCUUUUCUGAUGUUAACCUUCUCAUCAAGAAUGGGUACAAUGUUGGAUACAGGAACGGUUCAUUCAUUCAAGGAAUGUUGAAGCAAAUGGGUUUCGAUGAGUCUAAUUUGAAGGGAUAUGGCACUCCUGAAGAAUGUGAUGAAGCUUUCUCAAGAAAGAGACAAGAUGGAGGUAUUGUUGCUGCAUUUGACGAGCUGCCUUACAUUGAGCUCCUCCUCGCUCAGUAUUGUGAUAAGUACACCAAGGUUGGAGAUAUUUACCCCACCGGUGGCUUUGGUUUUGUUUUCCCGAAAGGUUCUCCUUUGGGACUAGACAUUUCAAGGACAAUCUUGAGUGUAAGAGAGGAUAAAGAGAAAAUGAAGAGGAUUCGAAAUGCUUGGCUUGAGAGUAAACGAAGUUGUUCGGACCAUGAUUCCUUAGGAUCUUCCUAUGGUCUUACUCUUUAUAGUUUCCGAUACCUUUUCGUCUUUGUUGGAGUUCUUUCACUGAUUCCCUUACUUGCAGACUUGCUAAAUUUUCUGUAUAAAAACCGAAUAAUCUUGACAUGUCCGAAUACUUCAAUUAGUCAAAAAAUUGUAAGGUUGGUGGAAAAAUUCAACGAGGAGGAUGAAAAGCGCUUGAGAUACUAUGAGUACCAUGCCGGAAUUGGUAGUCAAACGGUCGCAGGUGAAGAUACGGAAUGAGGCGAAAUGCCCAAUGUCUUUCAACAUACUGCCUAAGUCACUGUUGCUGUAGUCGAUCUUUUUUUUUUAUAGAUAAAAAAUAAAGGUACUGACAAAUAGAGAAUAAAGCAGGUGCUUCCCACAAUUGAGAGGUCUAAGAAGUUACUUCUCGUUAUUUUAUUUUUUAUAGAUAAAAAGUAAAGGUAGUUUAAUGUAUUAA